AUGCGGGAUUUCAGGAUCGAGAGGAGUCAGGAGGAUCUGGAGGAUCAGAGGAUCGGACGGAGUCUGAGGGGAGGAUCUGGAGGAUCCGGAGGAUCUGGAGAGGAUCUGGAGGAUCUGGAGGAUCUGGGGAUCCUGGAGGAGAGGUCUGGAUCUGGAGGAGGAUCUGGGGAGGAUCGGGGAUCUGGAGGGGGAGGAUCUGGAUGGAUCGGGGAGGGUCAGGGGAUCUGGGGAGGAUCUGGGGAUCCUGGAGGAUCUGGGAGGGAGGAUCUGGAGGGUCUGGAGGAUCACGGGAGGAGGAUCUGGAGGAUCUGUGAGGAUGCUGGAGGAGGGAGGAUCCUGGAGGGUGAGGAUCCUGGAGGAUCUGGGAUCGGGAUCUGGGAGGAUCCGAGGAGGAUCUGGAGGAGGAUCUGGAGGAGGAUCUGGGAGGAUCUGGGGAGGAUCCUGGAGAGGAUCUGGAGGAUCUGGGAGGAUCAUGGAGGAUCCUGGAGGAUCUGGAGGAUCUGGAGGAUCUGGAGAGGAUCCGCAGAGAUCUGGAGGGAGGAUGGAGGAUCUGGAGGAGGAUCCUGGAGGUCUGGGGAGGAGGAGGGGAUCCCCUGGAGAGGAUCUGGGGAGGGGAGAGGAUCUGGAGGAUCUGGGGAGGAGGGUCUGGAGGAUCUGGGAGGAUCAGGGGAUCUGGUGGAGGGGAUCUGGGAGGGAGGAUCUGGAGGGAUCUGGGGAUGGACUGGGGAUCCGGGAGGAUCUGGGGAUCUGGGAGGGGAUUCCUGGGGUGGGGUCAUCUGGGGAGGAGGAGGGAUCCUGGAGGAUCCUGGGGGAGGGAGGAUCUGGAGGAUCCUGGAGGGAGGGGAUCUGGAGGAUGCUGGAGGAUGGAGGGGGAUCCUGGGGGGGAUGCCUGGGGAGGGUCUGGGGGGAGGAUCCUGGAGAGGAUCCCCUGGAGGGAUCACAGGGAGGGGGGAUCUGGGGGAGGGGAGGGGAUCUGGGGAGGAUCCUGGAGGAUCUGGAGGGGAUCACCUGGAGGGGAUCUGGGGGAUCUGGGGAGGGGUCUGGAGGGUCUCUGGGGAGGAUCCUGGAGGAUCUGGAGAGGGAAGGGAUCUGGGGAGGAUGUCUGGAGGAUGCCUGGGGGAGGGGGAUCUGGAGGGGAGGGAGGGAUCAGGGGAGAGGAUGAGGUCUGGAGGAGAGGAUGGGAGGGAUCCUGGGUCCUGGGUGGGGAUCAGGAGGAGGAUCCUGGAGGAUGGGAGGGGUCUGGAGGGAUCGAGGAGGGUCAGGGGGUCUGGGGAGGAUCUGGGGGGGGUCUGGAGGGAUCUGGGGGAUCUGGAGGGGAUGGGGAGGGAGGUAGUUGCCAAAGUCCAUGGCAGUGGAUUUAUGAACAUCAUCCACUGUGAAAAGGUAUAG